AUGUCCCUCGGACACAGCUAUCACCGAUCACGGAAAGAGCUGAAGAUGUCGGCUCGGUCAUGUGAUCAGCUGUGUCCAAUCACAGCUGAUCACAUCAGUGCCAGCUGUCAGUGUCCAUCAGUGCCACAUCAAUGCCACAUAUCAGUGCCUACCAGUGCACAUCAAUGCCACAUAUCAGUGCCCAUCUGAGCUGCCUUUCAGUGCCACCUAUCAGUGCUGCCAAUCAGUGCCACCUAUUAGUGCCAGUCAGUGCCGCCUAUCAGUGCCAUGUAUCAAUGCUGCCUUUCAGUGCCCAUCAGUGAUGCCUGUCAAUGCCCAUCAGUGCUGCCAGUCAGUGCCACCUAUCAGUGUGCAUCAGUGCCAGUCAGUGCCGCCUAUCAUUGCCAUGUAUCAGUGCUGCCUUUCAGUGCCCAUCAGUG